AGGCGUGUUGCUUGCUAUGGCCAGCAUGAGAUUUGUGCUGUUGUUCCUCAUGCUUAUUUCUAUCUCCGAUGCCUUCAUCGGCCAUGGCUUCGCUGGCGUCAACCUUCCCCUGCAGAGGAAAGCUUACAGUGCGCACAAAUCCCGCGGGCCCAUCGUGAAAUGCAACCCCGAGGACUCUCCCGUCAUCUCAGAGAAUUUUGACAGCAUGUUUCGCAAGGACGGCACCACUUGGGGGUCAAAGUCGUAUCCUGUCUCGACCGUCGAAGAGCCCGAGCCUCUGGACAUCGUCACCAAGUCCAUAGCACAAGCGCUCGUUACAGUGCUCAAAGGCUCGCUCGAUUGGUAUUACCACAAGAAAUCUGACUUUGCGCGUUUCUUCGUGCUGGAGACGGUCGCCAGGGUUCCAUACUUCGCCUACAUGUCUGUUUUGCACCUCUACGAGAGUUUCGGGUACCACGACAGGGCUCACUGGAUCAAGAUUCACUACGCAGAGGCUGACAACGAGCUUCACCACCUGCUCAUCAUGGAGGCGCUGGGAGGGAACAAGGAGUUCUCAGAUCGCUGGAUCGCUCAGCAUGCCGCGUUCGCCUACUACUGGUUCUGCGUCACCUUCUACUUCCUCCAUCCCCGUGGCGCCUACUACGUCAUGUCCCUGAUCGAGAACCAUGCGUACCAUACCUACUCCAAGUACAUCGAGGCCAACAAGAGCUGGUUGGCGUCCCAGCCAUCGCCAGCCAUUGCCAAGGAGUACUACGAGGGCGGCGACCUGUACCUCUUCGACGCCUUUCACACGACGAGGGCGGAGGAGCAGGAGCGCAGGCCCCGCGUCCAGAGCCUCCUCGACACAUUCGAGAGCAUCCGAGACGACGAAAGUCAGCAUCAUCGGACCAUGCUCUCCCUGGUCGAGCGAGGCCGCCCGUAGGAGCAGAGUCCCUGUGCUAUCUGGAUAUGGCGCGGGGGCCGGAGGCUCCGCCCUGAGACUUCUCGACGUCCUGCAGAGAGUGAGGAGAGGAGGGAGAGAGUUCGGAUAGACCUCCCGUGCUUGUUGACGAGCAGCUGCUAGCCGUCCUCCCGCCAUGGAGCUGGCCUGAACAAGGGUCAGGAGAGCAGGUGCUGUAGCAAGGAUGCCUUGGAGGCGUUGGGCGCGUCGCUCCCCCGAGCUGAGAGAGACUUGGAUCGCGUCCCCAGCUGCAGGAGGAGAGUGAGAGGUCUGCGAGAAGGGACGGCGGUCACCUGAGGGAGAUGCGUGUGCUCGUACUCGCCCUGCAGCGAAGAGUAUCGGCUGAUAGUCGCGGCAUGAAGUUGUUGAUAUCUCGAG